GACCUCAAACCCGACAAUAUAUUGAUCGAUAGGAACGGACGGAACGGUAGAUUUGUUAAGUUAUGUGACUUUGGUUUGGCUAUAGUUCACGACAAAGACAUCAAUUAUAUGACUCGUGAUAAGCACACAACAGGCGUGGGCACAAUAAAGUACCAAGCACCUGAAAUAGCAAAUGUUGUGAAAGCAUUUACUCCGGGAAUGAAAUCCUAAACACAAAAGUAAAUGAAUUGCAAAACAUUUUGCUGUCAAUGAUGUCAACCCCUCAAUGGAACCGAAGGCCUGACUGUUCACACGUUUUGCAUAAAUAUAAUGAUUGGGCUAUCGAUCAGAAUAUUCUUAUGGA